UGCGUUUUCUUUUACUUUGAUUUUCAAUUUAGUUUUAUUUAUUGGUGUCCCUUAGAAUGUGGAUAACUAGUAAUGGAAUGAUAUUAAUUUUCUAGAUCUCUUUCCAUCUCCUCCUCCACAUCCCCUCAAAUUCCCCGAUAUGUCUACCCUUUUCCUUCUCCAAGUUCUUACCAGCCUACACUUUAUAGGAGUCCCAUUUACCUCUUAACCAUGGUUUGGCACUCCUCUCUCUUCAUCACUCAUCAAACAUCCACAAGUCCACCUCUAGUCAUCUUCCCACGAAGAGAGUAGAAAUACAACUUAAGGUUGGCCUCAAUCAAAUGCAAGGUCAUUACAAUCUUCCUCUUCUAUCCAUCCCUCCUCCGUCCAAUGAAAAACCACGGCCAAGUUAUUAAACAUUGAAGAUUCAAUAAUGCCAUUCAACUCUAAGCUCACGGAGUCCGAAUCAAAUAUAUCCUAAUAAGCAGGCAUUUCUUUAGAUCAACUUUGUUUGUUUUGAAGCUCAACUAGUGAUAGUUUGCUGGGAUGUAAUGUAAGUUUAGGUUUUGUAAAAGGCAUGUACUCUUUCAGAUUGAAAGUUGGCAAGCCCUGCAGUCUACAAAAUUUUUGCACGCUCUAUUGGCACUUAUUCAUUGCUGAAACUGUUUUAUUAGCUUUCCAAAACUACAUCUUGAUGCUUGGGAGAACUGUGAUGAUACCAACCGUGCUUGUUCCAUUGAUGGGUGGAAAUGCUGCAUUAACACACUUCUGCAAGCAUUGUUUGGAACACGUCUACCAACUGUAAUUGGUGGUUCAUUUGCUUAUGUUGUACCCAUACUCUAUAUCAUUCAAGACUCGUCAUUGCAGCGGAUUAUAGACCCUCAUGUAGUAAGUUAGCAGGGCAUUUACAUACAUACCACAGAAUUCUUAUCCAUUUACAUAUCCAACACCUAAACUUUUAUAUUGACAUGCAGAGCACUGAAAUU